UAUCCUCUCUCCUUCUCCCACAACCCCCCCUCCCACCCUCUCUACUCAUCUUCCCAUUUCUCAUCAUCUCCUUUCUAUUUGGACCCAAUCCUAGCCUAGCCUAGCCUGAUCGGGUAAUUAAUUAAUCAGCUGAAGCUAGUCCGGAUUGAUUUUUUGUUCGCAAUGUCAUCAGAGGACAUGAAUCUAUCUGUUAAUGGUCAGUCUCAGGUCCCUCCAGGUUUCCGCUUCCACCCCACGGAAGAGGAACUUCUGCUCUACUACUUGCGGAAGAAAGUAGGAUACGAGAAGAUAGACCUUGAUGUUAUUCGCGAUGUUGAUCUCAAUAAGCUUGAACCAUGGGAUAUUCAAGAGAAGUGCAAAAUUGGAUCCACCCCACAAAAUGAUUGGUACUUCUUCAGUCACAAAGACAAAAAGUACCCAACUGGGACUCGAACAAACCGGGCAACGGCCGCCGGUUUUUGGAAGGCCACCGGCAGGGACAAGGUCAUACACAGCAGCCUCAGAAGAAUUGGCAUGAGGAAGACUCUAGUUUUCUACAAGGGCCGAGCCCCCCAUGGGCAAAAAUCAGAUUGGAUCAUGCAUGAGUACAGGCUCGAUGACAGCAACCAAGACACCAACGCCAACAACAACAAUAAUAACAUAGCAGGAGACCCAACUGCGACUGAAGAAGGGUGGGUGGUCUGCCGUGUUUUCAAGAAGAAAAAUUACCACAAGGCACUGGAGAGUCCCCAAAGCUCAUCCACUACUAGUAUUACUACUACUUGCAUGGACUCAAGAACCUGCAGCCAGAUGCGCAAUACAUCAUCAAGCAACGAUGUCGGCAUACUUGAUCAGAUACUUGAGUACAUGGGAAGAUCAUGCAAACAGGAGGACGGCGAGAGUACAAUAAUUAUGAACAACGCCAAUCUCAUGGUCAGCAGCAACACCACCAAUCACAACAUGCUAUAUCUGUCCUCAAUCUGCAACACAGCCGCCAUCGAGGUCGACGGCCUGCACCAUCAAAGAUUUGCCCAGCUCCCAAGAUUAUUGGAGAAUAAUGCUCCGACGACGACUAUGCCAUCACUCAACCAGCACCUCUCUAGCUGCACUUUCAAGGCUUCAGCUGGCCAAUUAGGAAGAGAACCUCCUUGUACUAAUAAUAAUAUUGAUGGUGGUUAUCAGAGGGACGAGCUCAACGACUGGGUUGCACUGGAAAAGCUCGUUGCUUGCCAGCUGAAUGGGCAAGAUCAUGAGGACAACACCAAGCACCUAUCCUGCUACAACAAAAACAACAGUAAUGAUGAUCCAAACGAUGAUGAUUUCUGUUUCUCCAUCGAUCAUGAUGACGAUGGGCAAUUUUCUCACCUACCCUCAGAUCCAACAAAUAUUACUCAGUCCUCUCAACCAUACAACAGCGAGAUCGAUUUGUGGAGUUUCGCUCGAUCAUCAUCUUCCUCCUCGUCUGAUCCAUUGUGCCACUUGUCAGUAUAAUAUUACACCUAGCCAGCUAUUACUAUAAAUAUUGCACUUGGACACAUAUGGAUAUAUAUUGAUCAUAUGGGGUGAUCCUCCAUUAUUACAGAUAGUAAAAUAAACGACGGGCUUAUAUUUAUGUUCGGGUAGCAUAUAUACACACACACAUACAUAUAUGGCAUCAUCUUUAUCAAUUUGACUACCAAUUAGCAAGCCAUCCUCCAUUAUUGCACUUGGACAUUGUUGGUAACAAACAAC